AUGACAUCAAAGGCAGGUAAAAUCAGUAUCUUGUGUCUGAGCAGGAAUGUUCUGCAUAGCGGACGUUUUGCACUAUUUACACGGGUACCUGACAAUCGUGUACACACGUUUGGUGAACGAUCGUAUAGUUCACGACCUGCGGAAAGCCCACAUCCAGCUCGACAGAAAGUCACUAUUAACAUAAUACGAAAGCUAUACAGUGACAAUGAACCCAUCACCGUCUUAACCGCGCACGAUUACCCAUCAGCUUCGUUUGUCGAUAAAGCUGGGAUAGACAUUUGUUUGGUCGGUGACUCGCUGGCUAUGGUUGCAUUGGGUCAUGAAUCGACUAGUCCCGAAAUGCUCCAUCACUGCCGUGCAGUUGCCAGAGGCGCCAAAUCGCCAUUCAUGGUAGCAGACAUGCCAUUUGGGAGUUAUGAAGUCAGCAUUAAUGAGGCCGUAAAAAAUGCCAUUCGCUUUAUUAAGGAUGGUAAAAUGGAGGCUGUAAAGCUGGAAGGUGGUACAGAGAUGGCCGAAACUAUUCGCGCAAUAACUAGAAUUGGGAUUCCAGUUCUUGGACAUGUAGGCCUUACACCACAGCGGCAAAGUUCGUUAGGUGGAUAUCGUGUACAAGGAAAAACUCUUGAAAAGGCCAAAAAACUGAUUGAAGACGCAAAGGCAAUCCAAGAAGCUGGUUGUUUUGGAAUGGUCUUGGAGACAAUACCAGAACCGGUAGCAACACACAUAACAAAGCUUCUGAAAAUUCCCACUAUUGGAAUUGGAGCUGGACCAGGAACUAGUGGGCAAGUGCUAGUACAACUCGAUAUGCUAGGGAUAUUUGAUCGCUUUGCACCAAGAUUCGCCAAAACUUAUGCUAAUGUAAACAGCGUAAUUACUGACGCAAUCAGAACUUACCAUAAAGAAGUAAAAGAGCGCAAGUUUCCAGCUAAGGAACAUUGUUAUCCCAUGGAAGAUGGCGAGUUAGAGAGAUUUCUAAAUAUAGUUGGGUCCAGCGACAACGAAUAA